AUGGAUAAUGAUCUAUUCUUUAUAACAUUUAGAAAUGUAUAUCUCUUUAAAUGUAUAUUUAAUCAAAUACCUCAAAUACACAAGACAUUGGGUAAGAAGAUAUCAUAUGGAUUUAAAGAUGUAUUGUUUGAAUGGGCAUCAAAGAAUGGGUAUGAUAGGUUGGUAAUUGAAAAGUUUAGAUUGUAUCCACAAUCAUUUGUGGAUCAAAUGAAGUACAAACCAAAGAACACUGCGAUAGUAGAUACCAUACUACGAAACAAGUACUUUGUUUUAGAUGAUUAUAAAAAGGUACUCGGUAUUGCCAUGGAAAUAUAUUGUGAUGUCAAGUUGUUGAAUCGACUGGCAUACAAUCAUCAAUGGUAUAGAGAAGAUGCAUGCAAGUUGAUUGAAGCUAUUGAAUAUACUAAAAGUCAAUUAGCUGUUAAAAUGCGACAAGAAGAAGAGAUCAUCUUUUUGUACAGCAACGAGAUUGUCAUUGCAACCAUUCAAUCCAAUAAUCUACAAGCUGUACAAUAUUUACUCGAAAAACUAUCAUAUGCUUUCAAAUACCCAUACAACCUUUAUCCCCAAUCCAUUGUACAGUGCGCAACUGAACAACCAUCAACCCAACGAGACAGUACACUCAUUUUAGAGUAUCUCGUCAAAAAGUACAAAGAUCAAAUCGACUCAUCCCUUUUUAAAUUCGAUUGGAUUGCAAUGCAUGGGAAUUACAAGGUUAUCAAGAUAUUGUUAGACAAUGGCAUAGAAAUAGCACAAGAACAAAUAACACCUAAAAUAGUAGAGAUUGCAUGUCAUGAUGGAAAAUAUGACUAUGUUGUCUAUCUACUGGACAAAUUUAAGGGAAUAUGUCUAUCUUCAUCACUGGUACUUACAAUGGCUGCUAAAAGUAGUAAUUUAACAUUAUUAAAAUAUUUGUAUGAAAACAUAAACAUUGAUUGUGGACCACUUGAAGUAAUGCUUCCAGAGUUUAUAAAAUAUGAUGGCAAGGAUAAACUUUAUUAUAUUUCAUACCCAGAUCCUACCAAAACCUAUUUCUAUCAACGAUACAAAGAUGAUAUAAACAACCACGACCAUGACCAUGACCAUGAAUAUCAAUUAAAAAAGUAUCAAAAGAUGAUUGAUUACCUCAAUAGUAUAUACACCAAAGAAUCUAUACAAUUCUUUGGAGAUCAAAUGAAUCAAUGUACAACAACCAUUUAUUACUCAAAUGCUAUGCAAAUGCACAAAAUGUUUGGUAAAUCAUCUUGGAUAUCAAAAAUUAUAUACAAUUUUCCAGAACUUGAAUAA